UUUUUUUUGCCCCACUUCUUCCGUUGAGCUUACUUCUCUUAUCUGCAAGUGAAAGUCUUGAACUGAAUAAACUGCCAUGGCUACAUUCUCUUGUUUCUCUCUUCUCCAACCAAAAACACCCAUUCAAUCUUCAAAGCUGCCAUCUUUAUUGUUUCUUUCAAAACCCCAUUUCACCACAACUUCUAUUCCCUUCUCUUCUCCCACUCUACUGCCUUGUUUGGCUUCACACAAUUCCUCCAUUUUCAAAAGACUUAGUCCCCUUGUCUGCAAUUGUCUUUCCACUGUUUCCCCAAACAACACCCAUUAUGAGUUUUCUGAUGGUUCAUCUGAUGUGGAGUUAAGACUAGAGCUUGGGGACAGAGACGUCCAAGGUACCAAAGAUAUAUAUGUUGAUGCAAAUGAGGACUUUUUGACAGUUAGAUUGCAGUGUUCUGGAUCUCCCAAGACUCUCAUGGAAACUAGCUUAUAUGAUAAGAUAAAACCUGCUGAAACAAUAUGGUACUUGGAUGAGUCCGAGUUGGUCAUUAACUUGAAAAAGCAAGAUCCAGACUUAAAAUGGCCUGACAUUAUGGAAUCUUGGGAAUCCCUUACUGUAGGUGUUUCACAACUCUUGAAAGCAACAUCUAUCUAUUUAGUUGGGGAUUCAACUGAAAUCAACCAGAAAAUUGCUCGAGAACUAGCGGUUGGUCUUGGUUAUACUCCACUCGACACAAAGGCAUUGCUUGAAAGUUUUACCAAGCAAGAUGUGGAUUCAUUGUUGAUUGCUGAGGGAUCUGAUGCUGUAGCAGAAGCUGAGGGCGUCAUACUAGAAAGCCUCAGUAGCCAUGUCCGUGCUGUUGUCGCAACACUAGGAGGGAAAAAUGGUGCUGCCAGAAGAUUUGAUAAAUGGCGGUAUCUUUAUGCGGGAUUUGUUAUCUGGUUGUCACAAUCAGAAGCUACAGAUGAGAUUUCUGCAAAAGAGGAAGUCAGGACAAACAUUCAAGAGGGCAGUCAAGCAUACUCCAAUGCUGAUGUGGCAGUCAAGCUUGGAGGUUGGGAUGCAGACUAUUCUAAAAAAGUAGCACAAGCUUCAUUAAGUGCCCUGAAGAGCUUGAUUUUAUCAGACAAGAAGCUUCCAGGUAAGAAGGGAUUGUACAUUAGGCUGGGCUGUCGAGGCGAUUGGCCAAACAUCAAUCCUCCAGGUUGGGAUCCGUCAAGUGGAGUUGAUCCUCCAGCAAUGUAACAGGCUACAAAAAAAAUUGCAGUGAUCUCUAUGUAAAGUUUGUGCAAGUAAUUUCCUUCUAUUCUUGGGGACUUGGUACAUAUUAACUAGGACGUGUAUCACAGAUACAUAAACUACACUUGCACCCAUCUCAUAUUUAAAUAUAGAGAAGCUUACUACUUCCAUAACCUAAGAAAUGGGAUGUUUCUCAAA